AUGCCUGCAGACUACGAGACAUACGACCUGGGCGACUUUGCGGUGCAGAGCGGCGCCACCAUCCCCAAAGCCUGGAUCGCCUACAAGACCUAUGGCUCCUCCAGUAACCCUGUCGUGCUCUACCCGUCGUGGUACUCGGGCCUCAUCUCCGACAAUGAGUGGCUGAUUGGCGCCGACAAGACCCUCAACCCGGACAAAUACUUCAUCAUCAUCACCGCCCUCUUUGGCAACGGCCAGUCCAUCAGCCCCUCAAACUCGGACGUCGUGCCCUUCCCGGACGUCACCUUCUACGAUAAUGUCAAAGCCCAACACCGUCUGCUUACCGAGAAGCUGGGCGUGAAGCACCUGAGGGCCGUACUCGGCUGGAGCAUGGGUGCCGGCCAGGCGUUCCAGUGGGCCACCCAGUAUCCCGACUUCGUUGACAUUGCCGUGCCCUUUUGUGGGAGCGCAAAAACAUCCAUCCACAACCAGGUCUUCUUGGAAGGCGUCAAGUCGGCCCUGUUGGCGGCCAAAGGGCUCAGUUCCGCCGGGAGUACCUUUGGCAGAGUGGAAAACGCCCAAGAUGCCGUCGCCAUCAAGUCGAACCGUCAGUGGACCGACCAGGAAAAGGCCACCGGUCUCAAGGCCUUUGGGAGAGGAUAUGCCGGAUGGGGCUUCUCCCAGGCCUUUUACCGCGAAAAGCUUCACCAGUCAGCCUACGGCGCAAAGGAUCUCGAGGAUUUCAUGGUCAAUUUCUGGGAGACUUGGGCACUGUCAAAGGAUCCCGAGAAUUUGUUGGUCAUGCUGUACACCUGGCAGGCCGGUGAUGUGAGCAAGCAAGAACCUUAUAACGGCGACUUUGAGGCGGCAAUGAGGGCUAUCAAGGCGAAGACCCUGGUGUUGCCCAGCAAGACGGACCUAUACUUCCCGCCCGAGGACUCCGAGUACGAAGUGCAAAACAUGUCUCCAGGCGUGGGCCAACUGGAUGUAUACCCAAGCAUCUGGGGGCAUUGGGCGGGCGGACCACCUGGUAAUUUGGAGGAUGUCAAAUGGCUUGAUGAACGCCUUGCAAAGCUUUUCGCCGAGGCCCCCAAAAACGGAUGA